GCACAUUUUGUGAACCAAAAACCUUUUGUUAUGAAACGUGAUUAGUACAAAAUACUAGGGAGUAAUGUAUCCUUUUCCGUUUUCGUACAUAAAAUUGCGGAGAAAAGUUUACAGUUUACACAUCCCCGCGCCCUUCUCGAUUUUUUCCUUCAAUUUUGUCCCUGAUUCGCACAUAUAGCUACAUUGUAUGUAUAGGUAUAUACACUGACAUAUUAUCGUAAACGAUUCCAGAUCCAUCGAUGAUCAGAAAUGGCGGAGGGAACAUACGUGCAGCUAACCAAGGAACAAGAGGCCGUCGUCGAGAACAUCACCCCCGGCGAACUUAACCAGCCCAUUGAUAUUGACAGGUUUACUUGCCGGAGAUGCCCUGAAUGUGGGCAACCCUUGCCUAAAAGCCACCAGCCCCCUGCUGAUGAAGAUUGGACAACUGGGAUUUUCGGUUGUACUGAAGAUUUAGAAAGUUGCUUGACUGGACUAUUUUGUCCAUGUGUUCUGUUUGGGCGGAACGUCGAAAGCUUGAAUGAAGAAAUUUCCCAAACUGGGGCAUGUGUUGGCCAUGUCAUUUGCGUUGAAGGCGGCAUCACUCUUGCUGUUGUAACAGCAGCAAUGCAUGGCAUUGAUCCCGAUACGAUGUGCCUUAUAACUGAGGGUCUACUCUUUACUUGGUGGGUUUGUGGUAUCUACACUGGCAUGGCUAGGCAAGCAUUGCAGAGAAAAUACCAUUUGAAGGAUGCGCCAUGUGAUCCAUGCUUGGUGCAUUGCUGCUUUCACUGGUGUGCCGUGUGCCAGGAGUACAGAGAGAUGAGGAAUCAUCUGGAAGAAAACACCGCAUCAGUAACAAUUGUAGAACCCCCACCCAUUCAAGAGAUGAAUGUUAUUCUUCCCAGAAAAGAUGCCGAAUCCAUUCAAGAGAUGAAUGUUAUUCACGCCAGAAAAGAAGCCGAAUCCAUUCAAGAGAUGCAUGUUAUUCAUGCCAGAAAAGAAGCCGAAUCGUCAUCUUCUGGCAAAGAAAUUGUUCCAGUGAUUCAGGCUGUGGAGAUGAAGCCUUCAUCCUCCUAGGAUUAGAGACUUUCCUAGAUUAUUCACAUAGAACUUAUUCCAUUUUUAGUUUGUGGAGUUAAUUUUGUGUCUUUUCCUCAAGUUAAAAAGAUGGACAAGAAUGGUCCCUCAACAAUUGGAAAUUGGAUAGAACUAGUCAUUCUACUAUGGCUUUGUUAACACUUUUUUUUUUCAGUUCUGCCAAAUGUUUAGUGGCUUGUUUGAGCAUUUCUAUACAGUUUUCACUAGUUGGG